UGGUGUCUAUAUAGGCAGCUCAGUAGAGUUUGAACCACAACCCGAGAGUUUAUCUUCUUCCGUAACUCAUACCGCGGAUUCACUGACUAAAACCCAUUUGAAAUACCCCAUGUACUGUCACUCGUGAAUUUAAAAUCAGUCUUUUGAAAACGCAUUCAACACGAUCUCUAGAUAACGUUUAUAGUGAUUUCCUGGCGCGCGUUGAAUCUGAUCCAUCCAUCCCACAUUAAAUACUUCCGGGUAUUUCACUACACUUCGAUGUUGGCAUGAUUUGGGUUUGAGUAAAUCUUUUUUCUUUUUAACAUCAAGCGACAUGGACGAGAGCGUCUCGAAGUGAGCGUUUUUUGUUCUUUGAUACUCAAUUGAUACUUUGAGGCUUUGUUUUAUCCAGCCAGAUGUGAUCGUGUACAUUGGUUUGGCCAUGUCCAGAUGUUGAUCUCAAACAGAUUGGUAAUCCAUGGGAUUAAAUGCUGCUGCUGUGUGAAGUACUGUAUUGUACAUUAACGUACUCGCCAUGAAACGCAUCGUUUUCUUUCUGGCGUCUUUUUUCUUGACGGAAUGUUCAAGGAGAGUCAUUAGGGAUGUCCUAGACGACGAGUACGACCAGCUCAGCUCAUUGCUGUCGGACUUUGAUGUUCUUCAGCUGUCCAGUCUUCAACAGCAUUCGGUUCGUAAGAGAGACGUCCAGUCACAAACGCACGCAGAAAGAUUUCUCGGUUUCACUGCAUUACAGAGGCAUUUCAGAUUGUACCUGACAACCAACACAGAGCUCUUCACUCAUGACUUCAAGGCCGUGGUGGUAGGAGAGAAUGGCGCUCAAGAGAUGUACGAGGUCCAGAGAGAAAACUUCUUCACAGGCCAUGUCAUUGGAGAGGAGAAUUCCAGAGUACAAGCACAUAUUGGUGACAAUGACUUCACUGCUCAUAUUCUUACUGAUGAAGCUGAAUACAACAUUGAGCCACUGUGGAGGUUUAUCGAAAACCCUCGUGACGAUCGGCUGCUCGUAUAUCGUUCAGAAGACAUCAGGAACGUGAGCCGGCUGGCGGCUUCAAAAGUGUGUGGCUACAUCAGUGCAGAUGCCAGUGAGAUGCUUCCAGAAAGUGUGCGAGCAGCCAGCCCACUAGAUGAAGAUGAAGAGGAGGAGGAUAGGCAUCUAAGAGAGAGAAGGCAGACGCUGGACCACAGUAAAAACACCUGCCCUCUGCUGCUUGUAGCCGACUAUCGCUUUUUCAGACACAUGGGCCGUAGGGAGGAGAGCACCACCCUCAACUACCUGAUUGAGCUGAUUGAUCGUGUGGAUGACAUUUACCGUAAUACAUCUUGGGAUGAGGAGUAUAAAGGUUAUGGAGUUCAGAUUCAGCAGAUCAUAAUUAACAAGACACCCACACAUGUAGACACAGCAGGAGGUGCCCACUUCAACAUGAAAGGGACUCCUGUGAAGAACAAAGAUGUCUGGGACGUCAAGAAGCUCUUGGAGCAAUUUAGCAUUGACAUGGCAGGCAAUGCAUCCAAGGUGUGCUUGGCUCAUCUCUUCACCUAUCAGGAUUUUGAUGAAGGCACACUUGGCUUGGCUUAUGUGGCUCCUUCCAAACCAGGCUUUCCUGGAGGUCUCUGCUCUGAGAAGUGUCCACCUUCAGGAAACGACAACCGUGCUAUAUACCUCAACACUGGACUAACCAGCACCAAAAAUUACGGGAAAACCAUUCUUACCAAGGAAGCAGACUUGGUUACUACCCACGAGCUUGGCCACAACUUUGGCGCUGUUCAUGACCCAGAUGAUGUGCCAUACUGUGCGCCCAGAGAGGACCAGGGGGGCAAAUACGUAAUGUACCCCAUUGCGUUGUUUUCAAACUGUAGUAAGAUAUCCAUAGCAAAGAGACUGAAGGCCAAGGCCUCCACCUGCUUCAGGGAGAGGAACAGCAAUGUGUGUGGAAACUCACGGGUGGAGGAAGGCGAGGAGUGUGACCCUGGACUGCUUCACCUCAACAGCGACCGCUGCUGCACGUCAAACUGCAAACUGCGGCCCAAUGUGCAGUGCAGUGACAGGAACAGUGCGUGCUGCAAAGUCUGCAUGUUUGAGAAGCAGGGAAAGGUGUGUCAGGAGCCAAUGGAUGCCACUUGCAAGGGAAGAUCUUACUGUACAGGACUCAGCAGUGAGUGUCCUCCUCCAGAGAACCUCCCCAAUGAGACCAUCUGUGUGGACAACGGCCGGUGUCUGAAGGGAGAGUGCAUCCCGUUCUGUGAAGCUGUGGAGAACCUGCAGUCGUGUGCUUGCAAUGAGACAAACAACUCUUGUAAGGUGUGCUGUAGGGAUAAGAACGCUGGAUGUGCUCCCUAUGUCAAUGACAAGGGCAGCCACCUCUAUCUGCGGAAAGGCAAACCCUGCACUGUGGGCUUUUGUGAUGGAGCGGGCAAAUGCAUGAAACAGGUCCAGGAUGUUAUUGAGAGGUUGUGGGAUUUCAUUGAGAAGUUGGACAUCAAUACUUUUGGGAAGUUCUUGGCUGAUAACAUUGUUGGCUCAGUGGUGGUCUUCUCACUAAUUUUCUGGAUCCCUCUCAGCAUUCUGGUCCAUUGUGUGGAUAAGAAACUUGACCAGCAGUAUGAAUUGAACACAAAGUCACUCUUCUACCCCAGUAAUGCAGAGUUGCUGAGCAGUCUAGAAUCAGCCUCAGUGCGGAUCUUCAAACCACCCACAUCCUCAGGCUCCUCUGCAGUGCCACGCUUCCAGGCGUCUGGACCUCUGCAGACCAGCACACCACCUGUCUCCAUCUCUCAGGUGGCUCCAGCUCCAACCCCAACCCCGUGUCCUCUCCCUACAAUAGAGCCCCAACGCAUGACCACCAUCCAAGAAGAUCCCAGCUAUGAUUCCCACCUGGAUGAACAAGCCCUGGGAGAGGACUUCCCUACCUCUGGCUCGGUGUCACGUUCCUUUGAUGAUCUGACGGAGAACCGAGAGAACGCCAUGUCCUUCAGGGUAAAUAGACAUGCACGGAGUAACAGCAAGGAGACUGAAUGCUAAGAGUGUAAUUGUAUAAAAUGGGAAAAAUAAAUGUGACUAUGAAUGAACUAAAAGGGAAUAUGAUUAGAAAUGCUCAAAGCUGAGCAGAAUGAACAUUACAUAAGCAUGGAACUACAAUGUGUGUUUACAGCUCCAGUAUUGAAAAUAACCAGAAUGCAGUAUGUUUUAAAGGGAUAGUUUACUUUAAAAUUUUAGGAUUUAUUCACCCUCAUGUUGUUUCAAAGUUGUAUGACUUUCUAUCUUCUGUGGCGUUCUGAAGGAGAAAAUCCAAAUAUCUCGCUGGUCUUUAUACCAAGAAAUUCACUAUAAAUAAGGAUGCAAAAGCACCAUUAAAGUAUCUCAGAAGUGAUUCGUAAGACUUAUGCACAGUAUUCCAAGUAUUUUGAAAAAUUAUGAUAGGAUUGUGUGAGGAACAGACACUUUUUUUCAGCUGUUAAAAUAGGUAUGAAAUCUAUUUUCUAAAAGCAUGCUAUUGGUAUCAUUGUUCCUUUUUUUUACCACCAUAUAAUUUGCUUUUGAAACACACAUCUCUCCUGUUGCGUAUGCUGGAUCAUUGGCGUAUGUGACCGUUUAGUCCGCUUAAACCCUGCUGCUUUCUUAUAAUCGAUUGCAAGCUUGCAUUCAGAUCUGCCUCUAUCCAUUCAACAACCGAUGGAUAGAACCAAGUCCCCA